AUGGCAAGCCAGCCCGGCACAGGGCAGCGACCUCAGGUCCAGCCAUGCCGAUAUAAGACCGGCAAGACAUUAGGGGCUGGCUCCUAUUCAGUGGUGAAGGAAUGCGUGCAUAUCGACACUGGCAGAUACUAUGCGGCGAAAGUCAUCAACAAGAGAUUGAUGGCUGGAAGAGAACAUAUGGUCCGGAACGAAAUCGCAGUGCUGAAGAAGGUGUCGAUGGGACACCAAAACAUCCUGACAUUAGUCGACUACUUUGAGACCAUGAACAAUCUCUACCUCGUAACAGACCUCGCUCUUGGAGGCGAGCUCUUCGACCGAAUUUGUCGGAAAGGAUCAUACUACGAGUCCGAUGCCGCGGACCUGAUUCGAGCCACUCUAUCUGCGGUCGCGUACCUACACGACCAUGGCAUUGUUCACCGUGACCUCAAACCCGAAAACCUUCUCUUCAGAACACCAGAAGACAAUGCAGACCUCCUGAUCGCAGAUUUCGGUCUCUCAAGAAUAAUGGAUGAAGAGCAAUUUCAUGUUCUAACCACAACCUGCGGAACGCCAGGUUAUAUGGCGCCCGAGAUCUUCAAGAAGACCGGCCAUGGCAAACCAGUCGACGUUUGGGCCAUAGGUGUCAUAACAUACUUCCUCCUCUGCGGUUACCCACCCUUCGACCGCGAAUCCAACCUCGAAGAAAUGCAAGCCAUCCUAGUAGCGGACUACUCCUUCACGCCCUCGGAGUUCUGGCGCGGCGUUUCCCAAAACGCGCGCGAAUUCAUCAGGCGCUGCCUCACCGUCGACCCGGUUCAACGCAUGACGUCGCAUCAAGCCCUACAACACCCGUGGAUCAAGGGCCAGGAUCCCCUGUCGCCACAAAAGGGCGGGCCGGUGGGCGGUCAGGAAGAUUUGCUCCCAGUGAUCAAGAAGAAUUUCAACGCAAGGAGGACGUUGCAUAAGGCGAUUGAUACGGUCAGGGCGAUCAACAAACUGAGGGAGGGAGGUGGCUUGAUGAUGGGAAUGAUGGAUGGGGCGAUGAGUGUUGAUCCCAAGCCGAAGCCGGAGAUGGUCAAUGGGAGUCGGGUCACGAGUGGUGACGAUGGCGGGAAUCCGAUGGAGGGCAUCGAGGGGUUGGCACACGGGUCCGAGGCGCCACUGCGCGCAGAAGAGAAGGGCGGGUCGACGCUCAGGCCUGGCACAAAUGGACGGGGCGGUGAUACCGACGAAAUGGAGAUUGAUAGCCGCAGUGAUGCGAGAGGUCAGACACAGGAGCAGAUCCGGUUGCAGGAGAAGAAGGUCAGAGAAGCGGUCAGCGGGUUGUGGAGUCGGCGGUGA